UGGUGUAUUGAAAGAAUUCGAAAACAAAGAUGUACUUGUGGCCAAAAUAUGCCAAACAAAUACUUUUUUACAAAGAAACAAAGCGCCUCGCUGAACAUCAAUUUGGUGAACUAUGUGCUCGAGGCGUUCUUCCAUAAACAUCUGUUAACAUUUAUCUUCUUGUGAAAACGUGAACAUUAAUUAAACGAUGUAACAAACAGCGAGGAGCAACUCUUAAUACUAAAACAAACAUUGCUAUGUCGAAAAUAUUGACUUGGAAAUAAUAUAAGAUUUACCGAGAAGACAAGUCUUCGUUUUAAUUAAAGUUGAAGAUAUGUGUUUAAAAGGAAGUUUGCUCUUGCUGUUUUCAUGUGUAGCAUUGUCAGCAAGCCGAUCUGUGAACAUUACUAACUAUGAUUAUGAUCAUUUUGUUUAUGCUCAACAAUGGCCCCAAAGUUUCUGUGAUUGUAGUGAAUAUCGCUGUCGGAUUCCUGAAAAGGUGAAAACCUGGACUGUCCAUGGGCUUUGGCCUACUCUAGGAAAGACAGAAAAACCAGAUUACUGUAAUAGAUCAUGGCCAUUUGAAGAAUAUGAAAUUUUGGAUAUUGAAAACAAGCUUGAAAAAUUUUGGCCUUCCCUUGAGGAUUCUAGUCGGGACUCUAGGAUAUCAUUUUGGCAACAUGAAUGGAAGAAACAUGGAACAUGUUGUACCGAUUUGACAUAUCUGGACAGUGAACACAAAUACUUUAUCAUAGGACUACAGCUGAACAGAAAAUAUGAUAUAUUGAGUAUAUUGAAUGAUGCCAAUAUUGUACCUAGCCGAUCACAAACAUAUAAGCUACAUGAAAUACAUAAAGCUGUGCAGGGGAAACUUGGUUAUGUACCAGCAUUUCUUUGCUGUAAAAAUGAUAGCAAACAACGAGUGGAGGAAGUCAGGAUAUGUUUUGACAAACAACUGAAUCUAAUUGAUUGUAAAACAGGUGAUGAGGAAUGUACGAACAAUGUUCCUAUAUAUUACGAACCAUUGAAUCCAUACCCAGGAAAUAUAGUUCACCCUACGUAGUUUCCAGUACUCGCAAAUGGAAAAACUCCCUUUAUCAUGUAUUUACUUUCUUUGUUUCAUUAGCUAAUAUUUUAUCGUAUUUUUAAUCAACCAUUGACUUAUAACUUAAGCAAGGAAUUUUUAUGCAUUGAUUCAUACCACAAUAUAAUAUGAUUUUUCA